AUGUCCAUGCAGAAUGCAGCUUUUAACAUCAAUAAUAAAAUCUGGAUCUUCUGGGAUCAAGAUUAUUCUGGCACUGUUAUUGACCAUCAUGAGCAGCAGAUUUCUAUUGAACUGAAACAUAUAGAGGCUGCAGAACCAUUCAUUCUUACCAUCAUUUAUGCCAAAUGCAAGCCAGUUUUAAGGAGGCCUUUAUGGGACUGCCUGAGAACCAAAGUUGCUUCCUCUAAUACCUCAUGGUGUGUCAUUGGUGAUUUCAAUGUGAUUUCUUCCAUUGAAGAAAAAAUUGGUGGCAUCCCUUAUCAGAUCAACAAAAGUCUGGAUUUUCUGAGUAUGAUAGACGAUUGUGGGCUCACUGAUUUAGGCUACUAUGGACCUAGAUACACUUGGUCUAAUGGUAGAGGACCAUGUUCUAUUGUUUGGAAGAGACUGGACAGAGGCAUGGUGAAUGACAAUUGGCUAGCCUCCUACCUUGCUACUACCAUCAGUCAUUUGGCAUCAACAGGAUCAGAUCAUUCUCCACUUCUCAUGGAAAUGUAUGUCAGACCAGAGAACACAAUCAGAUACUUCAAAUUCUUGAAUUGUUGGACUGUAGAGGACUCCUUCCUUCCUUUGGUUCAGACAGUCUGGAAUAAACAGGUCUUUGGUAAUCCAAUGCAAGUUUAUGGUGACAUUUUCCAAAGAACCAAGGAAUUUGAAGAGAAAGUUAGAAAAGCUGAGGAAACCUGGGCCCAUACCAACAAGGAAUCAGAUAGAGCAAUGGCUCAUGAGCUCACAGCCCAAUAUGUUAAAUACCUGAAAGUUGAGGAGUCUGUCCUGAAGCAAAAAACUCAGCUCCAAUGGUUUAAGGAUGGUGAUGCUAAUUCUAAGUACUUCCACAGCUUAAUCAGAGGUAGGAGGAGAAAGCUCUACAUCCAUAAAAUAAAAAAUGAAGAUGGUGACUGGAUCUAUGGGGAUGAGGCUAUUGGUGAAGCUGCUUGUGACUAUUUUCAGAACCUUUUUUUUGGUCCAGGGGGAACCAUAAGGGAAUAUCUUCUAUCUUGUAUCCCUUCUAUGAUCACAGAAGAGGAUAAUGAUAACCUUAACAAAGAUCCAACCAUGGAGGAACUCAGGCCAUUGUUUUCUCCAUGA